AUGCUCAUCCCACCAAUUUCCUCCCUCCUACGCCUAAGCGACGCCACCAGCUCCGGUCCCUCAUCAGUCCUAGACGUCCGCUGCAACAACUCCAUAAUCGGCACGCCUUCCUUCGGCCUCGAAGACGCAAUCUUCACAGUCUGCGCCGAAAUCGAAAUCCAGGCAUCAGUCCCAGCAGUCUACACCACCUUUCUCGACUUCCGCAACUACCACACCUGGAACACCUUCGUCCAAGACGUGCACCCCUUGCCCGGCAACUCCAUCGACCGAAUCCCGCCUCCGAUUGGGACCAAGAUGGUAUUCGAGAACGUGUUCCCGCCGAUUCCAGAUGAAUUGCCAGGGCCGAGUGUAGAGAGGUUGAGCUUUACGGAGCGGAAUGUAGAUGGGGAGGGGAGAGCACUGGUGGCGUGGGUCGGGUAUGAAAGUGCGGAGCAUCCGAGUGUGUUGACGGCUUUGGGGGAGGGGAGGAUGAGGUUUGUGAGUUGGGAGACGUUUUAUGGGAUUCAUGGACUGGCGCUUGUGGUGGGGAGGGAGUGGUUGCAGGAAAGGCAUGAGCAGCAAGCGAGGGAUUUAAAGGGGUAUGUGGAGGGUUUCGGGAGGUGA